UUAUGGCUGCGUUAUCACGACAACGGUAUGGAUCAAGCUAUCAACAUCAUCAGAUAUCCACCUUAGUCGAACAUCGCAGCGAAAGUAAUAUGCGAGAACCAAUUGCAACUCCUGCAGCAUGGGCGCGUGUCGGUCAAGCAUUGAGUGUGGCGGUUGAGCGUUUUGUAACCGUUGGUGAAACAAUUGCUGAUGAUCACAGUGAAGUAAGACAAGGAAUGUACGAGGCUUGCAAAGAAGCUCGCCAAGCAGGGGCGGCUAUAGAACAUUUAUGCGAAGCCGCUAGUGAGGAAACUGUUGCAGAUCGUGGUGCAGUCGUACGCGCUUCAAGAGCAUUAUUAGCAUCUGUUACUCGUGUUUUACUUUUAGCCGAUAUUGUCGUUGUAAAACAAUUACUCUUAGCAAAAGAUAAGGUACAACGUAGUUUAGGUAGAUUAGAAUCUGUUAGUAAUUUCACAGAAUUUGUGAAAGCUUUUUCGCAAUUUGGUGCUGAAAUGGUGGAACUAGCUCAUUUAACAGGCGAUAGACAAAACGAUUUGAAAGAUGAAAGAAGGCGAGCUCAAAUGGCUGCAGCUCGACAAGUUUUAGAAAGAUCAACAAUGAUGCUUUUAACAAGUAGUAAGGCAUGUUUAAGGCAUCCAGAUAGUGUUUCAGCAAGAGAAAAUAGAGAUACAAUAUUUUGUCAAAUGAGACGCGCUAUGGAUCUAAUACAUUAUGUAGUAAAAGAUGGAGUCUUAUCGUGUUCUGGAAUGCAAUCACCGACAUCACAGAAUGAAGAGUGGGAAACAGAUCGAACCACAGUUAGUGCUUCCAUUCGACAUUUAGAACAUUUAGUGGAAUUAUGUCGAUUAACUGAUCACGAGAUACCACAUCGAUCGGACAACAACACAGGCUCACAGAUUGGACCAGCGUUAGAUGCAUUAUUAGAAAGAUCGCAUGAUUUCACUGACUCCCCAUAUACCUCACAUGAACAUAGACAAAAAAUAUUGGUUCUAUUAGAUUCAUUAGCAGAUAGAGUAUCCCAUUUAAUUGAAGCGUAUGAAAUGUGUGCAACAGAUAUUGAUGCAGACGUUGACUCUGUAUUAGAAGCAACACGAGCAUUAUGGUUACAGUUAUGGAGAUGUACAGCGGAUCAAGCGGGCGAAUUAACAUCGCUUAUAGCAACUGGACGAGAUGCAAUUCAUGCAAUGAGAUCUUCACCACAGCAACAUACGUCACCCACAUCUAGAAGGCCUGAUCAAACUUUCCAUGACUGUAUUGAACAUACUUUGGAGAUUUGUAAAUUAGUGAGACACGUUGCAUUAACUGAAUCAUUGCAAGUAGCAGCUCGGUUUGCAGAGACAAAUUUACGAGUUUAUGGACCACAGGUAGUAACUGCAUGGCGUACAUUGCAAGAAGUACCGCAAUCACAAAUUGCUGCUGAAAAUUUAGAAGUUUUUUCUGAUAUGUAUCAAUGGUUAGCAAGCGAUGUGACUACGACUGCUCGAGAAGUUUUAGAAAAUUCUUCAGGACACCGACAAUCAAGUGAUAAACAAGUUUAUUUAUCUUUACCUAGACCAGGAAAACAUGGUACUACCUCAAAACCCUUAAAAGCUGUGAGAUUGGAUUCCGAAGAGCAAGCAAAAAUUGCUAAAAGUGGAUUAGAAAUGAAAAUGAUAUCGAGUGAAAUGGAUGCAGAAACUGAAAAAUGGCAAGAAGCUGGUGCAGCUGCAAUGGAGGAGAACAAUGACAUAGUAAAGCGAGCUAAAAACAUGUCAGCUAUGGCUUUUUCAAUGUAUCAAUUCACCCGUGGCGAAGGAUCCUUAAAGACUACACAAGAUUUAUUUACUCAGGCUGAAUAUUUUGCUGAAGAAGCAAAUCGUUUAUAUAAAGUUGUACGACAAUUUAGCUACCAGGUUCCUGGUGGCGCAAAUAAAAAAGAAUUAUUAGAAAAUUUGGAUCGAGUUCCUACAUUUGUACAACAAUUACAAUUCACUGUUAAAGAUCCAACUGUUGGUAAAGCAGCGACAUUUAUAAAAGUGGAUAAUGUUAUACAAGAAACAAAAAAUUUAAUGAAUGUUAUUAGUAAAGUUGUUACACAAUGUUUUGAAUGUGCAAGCAAAUACAAACUGGAAUUAGGAGGACCUGCAGAGGUAGCUGGAGCUGGAGCAGGUGCUGGCGGUUCUAUGGGAUGUAGUGGCGGUGGUAACGGUAGCGGUAUGGGCGGCGGCGGUGGAGGAGGGGAGGGGAGUCUCUGA